AUGGACACUGGCGAGUCGCAAAAAGAUCGGGACCAGAGAGUCGCCCAACUCUGGCAGCGCUUGGAUACCAAGGGUGAAGGUCAUCUUGACUUCAAUGGUCUAAAGAAAGGACUAAAAAAGAUCGAUCACCAUGCAACAGCACUCAAGAAUGCGGACCCUAUGUUACGCGAUAUCAUCAAGGCAGUGGAUACCAACGGGGAUGGCUACAUAGAUUAUCCUGAAUUCCGGACCUUCGUGGAUCAUACCGAAAUCGGCCUCUGGCAACUGUUCGAGAGCAUAGACCAUAAUCACAACGGCGAAAUCGAUAAGAAUGAGCUCAAGACCGCUUUUUCGAAAUCCGGGGUCACGGUCUCCAACGCAAGGCUGGAAGAAUUCUUCGCGGAGGUCGAUAGCAAUAAAGAUGGCGUCAUCUCGUAUGCGGAGUGGAGGGAUUUUCUUCUUUUCCUGCCGGCCUACUCGUCCUCUAACCUCCGCGCUGUCUUGUCAUACUACACCGCCACGGGAAAUCUUAACCCGGAAGGAGAUGUCCACAUCAAUGAUCUGCAGGGCUUAGGUACAGACCACUCGUUUCUUAAACGUUAUAUCUUGGCCUUACAGAACCUCCUCUCCAACGUUUUCCCAGUGCACAUUUUGACACUCUUGAUUCCUUCAGCCUACGCGGAAGCUACCGGCGUGUCCAAGGUUGGGGUCGCGUUUGAGGAUGACUCUACACCCUUAGACAAUGACCUGGAAUUGGAGUGGUUGCCCAUACCCAGGAUCGUCGCCAUGUGGAUGUCCUUCCGAUAUUAUGAACAGAAGUUGACCGAAAGCACUCCUCAAUUAGGUUACUUCGUUGCCGGUGGUAUCGCAGGCGCAGUGUCCAGGACAGCGACCGCACCCUUAGACCGACUAAAGGUCUAUCUCAUUGCUCAGACCGGCGUGAAAACUUCAGCUGUCCGCGCAGCGAAGGAUGGCGCUCCUUUGCGUGCAGCGGGGAAGGCGUCGAAAACCCUCGUCGAAGCUGUGAAAGAUCUGUGGCGUGCGGGCGGUAUCCGGAGUCUAUUCGCAGGCAACGGUCUGAACGUUGUAAAAGUCAUGCCCGAGUCAGCCAUCAAGUUCGGUGCUUAUGAAUCUGCAAAACGUGCUUUCGCCCGCCUGGAGGGCCAUGGUGACCCCAAACGCCUCAUGCCUGUAUCGCAGUUCCUGUCCGGAGGCUGCGGUGGAAUGGUUGCACAGUGCUUCGUCUACCCUCUUGAUACCUUGAAGUUUCGCAUGCAGUGUGACACCGUCGAAGGUGGCCUGAAGGGAAACCAGCUCAUCGCAGCUACGUUCAAAAAGGUAUGGUGCAAGCACGGCUUACUUGGCUUUUUCCGUGGCUUGCCACUUGGUCUUGUUGGCAUGUUUCCUUACGCUGCCAUCGAUCUGUCUACUUUCGAAUACAUGAAGCGAGCCUUAAUAGCGCGGAAAGCUCGCCUGAACAAUUGUCAUGAGGACGACGUGCCCCUGAACAACUUCACCACCGGAGCGAUUGGUGCUAUGAGUGGAGGAUUUGGCGCUUCGGUUGUCUAUCCACUCAACGUUCUCAGGACGAGAAUGCAAGCCCAGGGCACCGUUCUGCAUCCCGCGACCUACAACGGCAUUGGAGACGUCGCUCGCAAGACUAUACAGACCGAAGGACUGCGUGGCUUUUACAAAGGGCUGACGCCGAAUCUUCUCAAGGUCGCGCCUGCGGUGUCCAUCAGCUAUGUCGUCUAUGAAAAUUCGAAGCGGAUGCUCGGGUUGAAAUAGACGGCUUUAGCAGAACAAGUCUCGGGGUCUUACCGCUCAGACAAAGUUGGCUGUAUUGAUGCCGUGGCUUGGAACUUUACCAGUUGUUUCGCCAUAUUCUCGCAUUUUCUUCUACUUACCACCGUUUUUAGACAUUGUGUUUGAGAUACCCAUAAUGCCCCCACGGGCACAUCGACAUCUCUCUAGGGCGAUAAUGUGGAUCUGUCCUUUGUCCACACACCACUCCCCGUCAGAGAUCCCCGUCCCUCUUUUUUAUUGCUGCAUCUUUCUCGCUGAACAGCCCGAU